UAGAAGAAUAGUAGAAUGUAUCCUAUUUUGUAUCACCAUGUCCUUUUGCGAGAGAAUUUUUUUUGGAAGAUUCUUUUGUAAGAAAUGCUCUGACUUGUUAUACAUUAUUUUUUUAAUGUAAAAAAAUGUAUUCCUUAAUCAGAAGAAAGGAAAAGGGUAAUCUUAAGAUUGUCAAGACAACAAAAUUAAAACAAAAACAGUCUCGCUUCUAUUUGCGAAAUCAGAUAGUUUUACUAGAAUGUCAAAAUGAUGACUUGCAUUUUUUAACUGACAUUAUGUCCAACGUAAAUAGUGGUAUUCCUAAGCUUUGCUUAAAAAAAGUAGAUGGACUUUACAUUAAUAAAGCAUGGACAACUUUGCAGUCUAAUUCUGUAGGGAAUGGCAUUGCUUUGGAAAAUUCCAAAGACGAUUCCAGAUCUUCAAGUUGUACAAAUUCCUUAUGUGACUAUCAGGAAUGGUCUCAUCUGCCAAGUGAAACAGAUACCACAAGCAAUGAUACUGCAGGUUACAGUGUUGGUUCUUAUUCACUUAGUGAUUCAAAGAUCAGAAAAACGUAUUCAAAUACGGACGAUGAAGGAUUUGCUGGAGAAAUUGAAAGUACAAAUUCGAGUCCACUUGUUUCUGAAGAUGUUUUGGACAGAAGAAGCAUGAAUGAGUUCGUAGAAGAAUUCAAUGACAGCUUUAAUAUUUCUGGUAGUAUGACACAUUCAUCCCCUAACAAAAAACGUGUAGAAUUUGUUGAAAGUACAAUAGAUCCACGUAAACAGAUGAUGUCAGAAGUUGAUCCUGUUCUGGCAAAAGGAUUUAAUGAUUCGAUAAAACUCAAUAAUCAUUUUUCGAGAGAUCUACCUAAUUCAUUUCUAACUGCUACAUCUAUUACACAAAAAAUUCCAGAACAAGAAAUACAAGAAUCGACAUUACCAAACGUUAAUUCGACGUACACCUUAGAUUUUCCAGAAUUGGACUUACCAGAACAAUUGUCAUUUGGCGUGUUACAAAGUUCAUUGUUAGACAUGUCUUCUUCAGUCAAUUUAAAUGGGAAAGAUUUACUGGAGAAAGUUUUCGCUGCCAAAGAAGACGGUGCAAUUAUUGGUAGCAAAGCCAAUAGUUCAUCUCAUCCUAUUAACAAUGAAGUUAGUUUUAACAUGGAUAUAAAUGCGAUGGAAAUUAUGCAUGCUGAUACGUCUGUAUUAAUAGACCGAAGGGAAAUCCAAGUAGAUUUAAAUAAUAGCGUAACCUCGAAUACUUACACUAAUGAAAACAGAAUGGACAUCUUAAAUGGCCUAGAAGAUGGCCAAUUUCAAGAUACACAAGAGUAUAAUUCUAAUCAUAGUCACGAUAGCAAUUUGGAAUUAAUGAAUGGUGAAAAAAAUUCAGGUAUUGAUAUUGCAAACGUACCAAAAUCAUCCGUUCCUGAUUCUAAUGAAGAUGUGGAAGCAGUUGCUGUUAAUCAAAAUGUUAAUUCGGAUGAAUCUGAUCAAGUUUCUGUUGAAGAUCAAAUUAAAGAUAUCUGUACAAAUACGAAAGAUCUUGACGAAUACGCAGAAGAAGUUGAAAACAUAAUUAGAAAAAUGUUAAAAGAUAAAAUAGUAAACGUUGAGGGACAUAAAGGCCCUUCUCUGGAAGAUAGAUAUUUAACUACUGAAGGUGAAAAGCCACAUUGCUGCCCCUUUUGUGUAAAAAUAAAAUACGGUAAAAUGCCUAGACAUAUACGAACGACGCAUAAAACGGAAGACAUUGUUUGUAAAAUUCUUCAACUUCCUAAAGAACUACAGAUUUCUAAAUUUCGAGCUUUAGUAAAAUUAGGAGACUAUAUGUUCAACACUACGCAAAAAGGUGCCGGGAAGCAAUUGCUGGUUGCAAGGCGACCUAAUAAACCUGCCGAUCAAGCGAAUGAACAAGAUCCUAAUAAAUCUCCUAGAGUCCUAAAAUUGGCUGAAAAUUAUGUUCCAUGUGACAACUGUCUGGUUUACGUUAGUAAAACUAAUUUCAGACAUCAUAGAAGUGCGUGCACGAAAGUAAAGUUUAUAGGAACUAAAGGAGCUUUGCAACAAAGUCGCUUAGUCAAUCCGGAUAUACACGAGUUAGCGAACAAUGUUCUACGAAAAAAAAUUAUACCUAUAAUGCGCGACGACGAUGAAGUUAAAUUACUGAAACACGAUGAAUUAAUUAUAUUAUAUGGUAAUGAAAUGACAGAACUGUUGACAGAAGUUCAAAAUGAAGAUCAAAUUCGACGGCAUUUGAGAUUAUUAGGACGGUUUUAUUUGAAAUUACUUUCCUUAAAUAAAGAUAGUGAGAAAAAACCUUUAGAUUUUUUUAUUGACGGCACUAAAAUAGACUUAAGUAAGUAAGGAUGCGAUUAAAUUUAUUGCAGAAUUUGAUCACGAUACAGUAAAAGUGAAAAACCCAGCUGUAGCUAUUGAACUUGGAACUUUACUAAAGAAAGUCGCAGAUUUCUAUAUAGAUCUAUGUUAUGCAAGAAACUUAAAGAGUGAAAGAGAACAAGCAGAAUCAUAUCUUCGCUUAGUGUCUCGUUUUAUAAAAACAUUAAACAAACAAUCUAAACUUGCAAAACUGCAAAAGGCUAGAAGAAAAAAAGAAAUCAUCCCAACUGCUGAUGACAUCGAAAAGCUAACUGAUUAUGUAGAAGGAGUUCGACAAAAAGCAUAUGAAGCAUUGAAAAAAGAAUUUACUGU